CGUGGUUUUCGAUAAGACCCACCGCACCUUCUCCGCCAAGUCUGCACCUGCAUCUUCCCAAAAAGCGAGAAAUACCUUCAGUGAUAUCGUCUACAAGCAAGUUUAUUAGCCAAUAGAGGAAACAUGAGUCUUCCUGAUUGCAGAUCUAUCGGGAAACAGUCCACCCCUAUUUUUCACCUGAAUUCACCCAUUGUGCAGCUGAACAUCGGUGGACAUGCCUACUGCACAUCACUGAGCACACUCAGAAAGUGCCCCAAUUCUAAACUGGCAGAUAUGUUCACCGGACAGCCCAAGCUGCAAACAGAUGCUGAAGGCCGAUUCUUCAUUGACAGAGAUGGGACACACUUCAAAGGUGUCCUUGAGUUCUUGCGCAACCAACAGCUGCCCACUGAGCAUGUGCAGGAAGUGUAUCAAGAAGCACUGUUCUAUGAUAUCAAGCCGUUGGUAAAGCAGCUGGAAGAGACGCCACAGCUCUUUGGAGAGAUGGUGGCAAGACAGCAGUUCUUGGCGAGGGUGCCCAAUUACCGGGAGAACCUGGAGGUGAUUAUUAGGAUCGCCCGGGCAGAGGCCAUCGCCAGUCGCGCUUCCAGUAUUAUUGUGUGCAUUCUGAGAACGGAGGAGGAUGUCAGCCGAUACACUGAUGCAAUUAACAGCCUGGAUACCGACAAAGAGUCAGUGGUGAGCUUUGGCCCCUGGAAAGCCCCUCCCACUGUUGGGGACCUGCUUGACUGUAUAAAAAUGGACAUUGAAGCAAAGGGAUACAAGAUUUCUCUCCAACCGCACAAUGAGAAGGGGUUCCGUUUUAGGAGCUAUGACUUCUUUUACAGAUUGAUUUUCACUUGGUGGUGAAUGUGAAUAGGUAACAUCAUAAAUGUGAAUAGGAUUUUUAUGUACUUUUAUGUACCAAAUUCAUAACAUAACAAAUGACUGAAAUCAUUGUAAACCAGAUUGAGUGUCUGGGAUGUUCAGAAAACAUUUACUCAGCUUCUAGAGACAAUACAUACUAUGCUAUAGAAAAUUAUAUUGGAAAGAAAAGCCUUUAAGGAGUCUAAUUAUGUUAUAUUUGACCCCUAAAUGUGCAAAUGAGUACUGAGUAACUGACAUUAUUUUGUCAAUUAAAGUAAAACAUUGGUAUUGUGUAUUUAAAUAUUUCAUUUCUUUCUGUCCACAUGCAUUUUUUUUAUUGAUAUGGGUUCAAAUGAAACCCAAUGCCAAAUAAAGUUGGAAUAGUAUAUUUUAAAAACGUUUCUUAAAGUUCCCAUUAUUGCACUGUCCACUUCAAUGACCCACAUCAAAAGUAAAUAAAAGUUGUAAUUAUUGAAUUGGUUGUACUGUAUUGCCAUAGGUUAAU